CCCGCCUUGCCCACCCCUGGCUGCUGCCCGCGCCGGGCGAGGGCUCCCUAGGGCAGCGCCUUUGUUUUCCCUACUCCAGAAACGUUUGCGGAAGUGCUGCCCGCGCCGGGCGCGCCAGGGGUGUCAGCUACAGUCUCUUCCCAGCGCCCCACAAAGAUGACAGUCGACACAGAAGCCGAGAAGAAGGGGGGCGACAGGGAGGAGGGCGCCCGGGGCUGGGGGCGGAGACACCCACACACGCCCUCCCUUUGGGCCGAUGCUCUGAAGCCCCCGUUCCCCGACAGCAGGCCGGGGCCUCCGCAGCUCGCUACCGGCUGGACCCGUUUCAGGGCAGAGCGCCGAGCACCCGGCGCCAGGUGCAGCGCUCCGCCUCCUGCUGCGGCGGCGGCGGAUGCGUCGGCGGCCGCUCCUCCCGGCCUCCCGCCCGCCCUGGCGGCCCCAGGGGAGCCCCGGACCAGCCCUGCUGGGGACGAGGCAGAGGAGGAGAAAGCAGACGCCGAGGUCCUGACCCCAUCCUCAUCUCCCCCACCCCACCGCCCAGACUUAGGAUGCAGGCCUACCUCCCGGGCGAGGAGGAGGGAAGUAGAUGGCCGCCCUGGUGGGAAUUGUAAUAAUAAUAAUGAUAGUAACAACAAUAAUAGCCUUCCUUUCUUGAGCGCUUAUUAAGCGCAAGCACAAUGCUAAAGCUAUAAAUGCGUUAUCUCUGGGUCUCUAAUCCCGGAUUUAGCAGAUUGUCCUCAGUUGACCCGGGCGGGGGGACCGGAGGCAAAUAACAGAUUUCGGGACCCGCUAGGGAGGGAUACGGAGACA